AUGGAUCUUGAUAAUAAAAAUAAAAAUAAAAAUAAUAAUAAUAAUAAUAAUAAUAAUAAUAAUAAUAAUAAUAAUAAUAAUAAUAAUAAUAAUAAUAAUAAUAAUAAUAAUAAUAAUAAUAAUAAUAAUAAUAAUAAAAACAGCAACAAUAACAACAAUAAUAACAACAACAAUAAUAAUAAUAAUAAUAACAAUAAUAAUAAUAAUAAUAAUAAUAACAAUAAUAAUAAUAAUUAUAAUAAUUUUAACCACAAUAAUUAUAAUAAUAAUAAUAAUAAUAAUAAUAAUAAUAAUAAUAAUAAUAAUAAUAAUAAUAAUAAUAAUAAUAGAAAUUAUAAUCAUGUUGGUGUAAGUUAUAAUAAUUUGAAUUUAACAAAUGGAAAUAAUAGUGGUAAAAAGAGAGAUAAAUAUGAUAUUUUAGGAUUUGGACCAAAUCAAGAUUUUGCUUUUGAUACAGAUAUUAUGGGUACUCUAAAUAAACUUCCACCAGAAAACUAUGGGUUUGGUCCAAAUUUCGAAUUCUCACCAUUUGUACAAUCAUCUGGUACAAGUAUAAAUAGUGUUGAAUUUGCUGAUGGUAGUAAAUUUCAGAUGAUUAAAAAUUCAUUACAAAAGAGAAAUAAUAAUAACAAUAAUAAUAAUAAUAAUAAUAAUAAUAAUAAUAAUAAUAAUAAUAAUAAUAAUAAUAAUAAUAAUAAUAAUAAUAAUAAUAAUAAUAAUAACAAUAAUGAUAAUAAUGAAAAUAAUGAUAAUAAUAGUGAUUCCAACAAUUCUCAAUCUACAUCAUUAUCACCAUCAAUGAUCAGUGCUAUUGUACCACUUCCCGAUACUUAUUCUCCAUUACUUCAUAGCAAUACGCAUCAUAAUUAUCGUCCACCAAUACCAAUUAGUAAAAACUAUUCAAACACUGAUUCAAAACCAAAAUCAAACCCAAAUUCUAAUCCAAAUUCUAAUCCAAACUCUAACCCAAGUUCUUUUACAAAUUCUAAUCCAAACUCAUAUAAUGGUUUUGAAGAAGAUCAAUUAAAAGAUUCUCCAAAAUCAUCUGCUUCUGGUUCACCUACUGUCACUAUUGGUUUCUCACCAAGUAAAAAUUCAAAAAAUACCAAUAGUAAUAAUAAUAAUAAUAAUAAUAUCAAUACCAAUAAAAAUAGCAAUAAUAAUAGCAAUAGCAAUAGCAAUAGCAAUAGCAAUAGCAAUAGCAAUAGCAAUAGCAAUAACAAUAACAAUAACAAUAACAAUAACAAUGGCAAUAAUAACAAUAACAAUGGCAAUAAUAACAAUAGCAAUAGCAAUAACAAUGGCAAUAAUAGCAAUAAUAUUAAUAAUAAUAGUAAUAUCAAUAUCAACAGUAAUAAUAAUAAUAAUAAUAACCACAGCAAUGCCAAUGGUAAUAAUAGCAAUAGCUAUAACAAUAAUAGUAAUAGUAAUAAUAGCAACAGUAACAUUGGCAACAGUGGUGGUAAUAGUAAUAAUGGUAGUAAUAAUCAAUUGUUAAUUCAAAAAGUUUCACCAAAUUUUAAUAGUAAUAAUGUUUCCACAAAUAAUGUUAGUAAUAGUUUGGUUCAUACAUAUAAUGCAAAUGGCCAUUUUAAUAGUAACAAUAGCUAUUUUGGCUUACAAAAUAAUAGUAAUAAUAAUAAUGGCAGUAAUAAUAAUAAUGAAAAUAGAAAAAGUACGAAAAAACCAAAACCAAAACCUAAAGCAGGCUUUAGUGGUAAAACUUAUACAGCAAGUUAUGUAGACUUUGAGAUUGAUGAUGAUGAUGAAGAAGAGGAUUAUGAUGAUGCAUCUUUUAAUAGCUAUAAUAAUCAUCAUAGAUAUAAAGAACCAUCUCAUGAAGCUCAAGUUUUCAAUGAUUCAGAAAGUAUAAAAAAUAGUUUUAAUAAUAGCAAUCAUAGUAAUAAUGGUAGUUUUAGUAAUAAUAAUGGUAGUUUUAGUAAUAAUAAUGGAAGUUUCAAUAGUUUCAACAAUGGUCAAAACAAUAGUAUUAAUAAUAACAACAAUGGAAGUUUUAAUAGUUACAAUAGUAAUAGAAAUAAUAAUGGUAGUUUUAAUAGUCAUAGUAAUAGUUUUAACAACUAUAAUAAUAAUAAUAAUAAUAGUAAUAAUAAUGGAAGUUAUAAUAGUCAUUCCAAUGGUAAUAUCAAUAAUCAUAGUAAUAAUAAUAUUGGCAGUUUUGGUAGUAAUAAUGCCAAUAGUUAUAAUAAUAAUAAUAAUAAUAAUAAUAAUAAUAAUAAUAAUAAUAAUAAUAAUAAUAAUAAUAAUAAUAAUAAUAAUAAUAAUAAUAAUAAUAAUAAUAAUAAUAAUAAUAAUAAUAAUAAUAAUAAUAAUAAUAAUAAUCAAUCCAGUAGUUAUAAUAAUAAUAAUAAUAAUAAUAGUAGUAGUAGCUACUCUAACAAUAACAAUGGCAACAACAAUAGUAAUAAUAAUAAUAAUAAUCAAUCUAGUAGUUAUAAUAGUAAUGGUUAUAAUAACAACAACAAUAAUAAUAAUAAUAAUAAUAACAAUAAUAGUUAUAGCAACAGUGGUAGUUAUAAUAAUAAUAGUAAUAGUAAUAGUAAUAAUAGCCACAGUGGUAAUUUCAACAAUAAUUAUAGCAAUAGUCAUGUUAAUAAUAGCUUUAGCAAUCAAUUUAGUAGUUUUGAUUAUUUAAGUAAUUGUGUUAAUAAUGAUGCUAGUAUUAUGAGAUUCAACAACAGUUAUAAUAAUAAUAAUAAUAAUAAUAAUAAUAAUAAUAAUGAUAAUAAUAAUAAUAAUAAUAAUAAUAAUAAUAAUAAUAAUAAUAUUAUUAAUAACAAUAAUAAUAAUAGUUAUAAUAAUGGUAAUAAUAAUUACAAUAUCAAUAAUAAUAAUAAUACUAAUAAUAAUUUCAAUAGUAAUAUUAUUAAUAAUAAUAAUCAUAAUAAUAUUAAUGAUAAUAAUAGCAAUAAUGGCUAUAAUAAUAGUCUUGGUAAUAGCAAUGUUUUUAUUGUUAAAUAUAACAACACUAAUGAUAAUAAUAAUAAUAAUAAUAAUAAUAAUAAUAAUAAUAAUAAUAAUAAUAAUAAUAAUAAUAAUAAUAAUAAUAAUAAUAAUAAUAAUAAUAAUAAUAAUAAUAAUAAUAAUAAUAAUGGUAAUGGUAAUGGUAAUAGUGGCAAUAACAACAGCAAUAAUGAUGGUUAUAAUAUUAAUAAUAAUGAUAAUGAUAAUGACAAUGAUAAUGAUAAUGAUAAUAGUAAUAAUAUUAAUUAUGAUAAUAUCCAAGAUAUUAAUGCAAUUGAAACAAAUAUUGAAGGUGAAGCAUCAUCAGAUUCAGAUUCAAUUAUAGAAGAAUAUGAUGAAUUAACACAACUUAUUUGUAAAUCAGAGCUUAGACCAUUUAAUGUUGAUCAUUUAAGAGUGGUUAAUUUAUUACUUCAAAAGUAUAAAAUGGAAGAGGAAUUAGUAUGUAAUAGAAUUGAAAAUCUAAUGAUUCUUAGAAAUGAAUAUUCUCAAACUUCACCAGAUUUAUUCAAUCAAAUUGAAGAAGAUUCUUCGGUUGAAACUAUAAAUUUACAAGCACAACAUCAAGAUUUAAUUUCAAGUAUUAUUGAAUCAAUCGUUAAUAAAAAUUAUAAUGAUAGAGAUAUUAAUUUCUUAGAUGAAAUCUAUGAUGAUUGUUAUGAUAAUGGUGAACAGGAUCAAGAUCAAGAAAAAGAUCAAGAAGAAGAAAAAGAAAAAGAAAAAGAAAAAGUUUGUGAACAACAAAAUACUAUUACAUAUGAAGAAACUGAAAAAGAAAUAGUCGUUAAAAAGAUAGAGGAUAAAAAACAAGAAACAGAACCAUUCAAUAUUGAUGAUUUAGAUUUAGAUGAUUUAGAUGCACAACUUGAUAGUGUAAUAAAUGAUUACGAAACAACAGAAGUUAUAAAUAUUAAAGAUGAUUUUAUUAGAAUUCAAAAUGAAAUCUCUAAACAACAUUUCGAUCGAUUUGGUGCAGAUGAAUCAAUUGUUACAACCUUUAAUCCUAAUGAACUUCUUCUAAAGAGGAGAGAGGGAGAAAAAAUGGAAGAAGAUGAAAAUCAAAUAGAAGAACGUGAAGAAAAAGAAGAAUCAGAAGAAGAAGAUGAUGAUGAAUCAGAAGAAGAAGAAUCAGAAGAAUCAGAAGAAGAAGAAAUUGCUGAUUAUGAAGAAUCAAAUGAAAUUGAACAAAAAUUAGAUACAAAUCAAUUUAAUCCACAGGAUAGAAAAGUUUCAUUUUUAAUUCGUCCUCAUGGUGGAAAAGCAAGUAGAAAUCUUCUUAUAAAGACUAAUGCUAAUAUUGAUUUGAGAAAUUUAAUUUGUAAAUUUAAAGAACAUGGUGAAAUUAAAUCAGUUUAUCAAAAUAUUACAAGAUCUGGUACAAUGCAUGUUGUAAUCUCUUAUUUUGAUAUUAGAAAUUCAGUAUUUGCACUCUCUGCUAAUUGUAAUAGUAGUAGUUGUAGCAAUAAUUCAUCAACUAAUAAAAACAACAAUGAUAUAAUUAAUGAUAGAUUAUCAAUUUAUUAUUGUUUAAAUAAAGAUCCAAUUGAUCAUGGUACCUUGGUUUUAUUUAAUUUCGAUGCAGUAUUUUCAACAAAUUCAAAUACUCAUAUGUUAACAUCAGCAUUAAAUCAAUUUGGCCAAAUUAGAGAAAUUAGAGAGGAUUUAAAAAAUAAACUUAAAUUCAUUGAAUUCUAUGAUAUAAGAGAUGCAAUUGCCGCUGUUAAUGCUUUAAAAAAACAAGUAUUUUUUGGUAAAAAAUUAUUAGUUAGACUUUCAGUAUUGGAUCAUAGUAAGAAAUCUCAAAACAAUACUACAGUUUUCAAUGUAUCCGAUCAAUUUUCAGAUUUAGUUUGUUGUGAUUUUGAUUUAAAUUAUACUAUUAAAAUUAAUGAUAAUGAUGAUUUUGAAAAUCAACCACUAUCAUCUAGAUCAUUACAUCAGCAACAACAACAACAACAACAUCAACAACAUCAACAGAAUCAACAACAGAAUCAACAUCAACAGCAACAAAAUAUCAAAUAUAAUCAAUCAUCAAAUUCUUCACAAAGCGGAUCAAGAUCAUCUCAACAGCCACAACAACAACCACAACAACAACAACAACAGCAACCACAACAACAACAACAACAAAAUCAAAAGUCGAAUUAUAAGAAUAAAAACUUUGGAAUACCACCAUUAAAUGUUUCACAACUUUACAAUAAUUCAAAAUCAUCACCAACUCAAAGUCCAAGAUAUUCACAUGACCAACAACAACAGCAACAACAACAACAUUCAUCACAACCAACAUCUCCACAUGUUUCAAAAUCUGGUAGUAGCGGUAGUUUUGAAGGAACAGAUGAUAGUCAUAUUAUCAAUUUGGAUGAUAUUCGUAGUGGAGUAAAUCAAAAAACUACUGUUAUGAUUAAAAAUAUUCCAUACAAAUUCACUCAUUUAAAUUUAGAUACAAUGUUUAAAAAACAUAAUUUAGCUUAUGAUUAUUUAUAUAUGCCAACUGAUCCAAUUACAAAGGCACAUUAUGGAUACACUUUCGUUAAUUUCGUAAAUUAUCAAGACAUCAUUCAAUUAUGUUCACUUUACAAUAAUAAAAAAUUGGGUAACCAUCCAAAGUUUUGUGAAAUAACUUAUGCAAGACUCCAAGGUUUUCCUCAAACUUCAGCCACUGUAGCAAAUAAUAAUAAUAAUAAUAAUAAUAAUAAUAAUAAUAAUAAUAAUAAUAAUAAUAAUAAUAAUAAUAAUAAUAAUAAUAAUAAUAAUAAUAAUAAUAAUAAUAAUAAUAAUAAUAAUAAUAAUAAUAAUAAUAAUAAUAAUAAUAAUAUUGGCAGUUUUGGUAGUAAUAAUGCCAAUAGUUAUAAUAAUAAUAAUAAUAAUAAUAAUAAUAAUAAUAAUAAUAAUAAUAAUAAUAAUAAUAAUAAUAAUAAUAAUAAUAAUAAUAAUAAUAAUAAUAAUAAUAAUAAUAAUAAUUUUAAACAAUAA